AUGGCCGACUCAUCUUCAGCUCCCAAGCCCUCCAGCAGCGUCAAGCUCGUGCUGCUGGGAGAGGCCGCCGUUGGAAAGUCAUCUCUAGUCCUUCGCUUCGUCAACAAUGAUUUCCAAGAGAACAAGGAACCCACCAUUGGCGCCGCGUUCCUUACCCAAAAGAUCUCCCUUCCCAAUCGGGUCAUCAAGUUCGAAAUAUGGGAUACCGCAGGCCAAGAACGUUUUGCCUCCCUUGCCCCCAUGUACUACCGCAACGCCCAAGCUGCGCUUGUCGUGUAUGACCUGACGAAACCCACGUCCCUCGUGAAGGCUAAGCACUGGGUUGCGGAACUGCAGCGACAAGCUUCACCAGGAAUCGUCAUUGCCCUGGUUGGCAACAAACUGGACUUGUGCGCUGAAUCGUCCAGUGACGGCGCCGAUGCAUCCCAGGAGCCAUCCUCCGCGGCGGGCGAGGACGAAGCCGACGCCAAUAACGCCGAACAGGCUGAAGCCGAACCUACAGAAAACGGGGAUGCACGCAAAAUCUCUACACGAGAAGCCAAAUCAUACGCUGAGGAAGAAAGCCUCCUGUUCUUCGAGACGUCGGCAAAGACAGGCACAAACGUUGCGGAGGUCUUUUCAGCCAUUGCGAAUGCCAUUCCCGAGACGUCGUUGAAGGGGGCUCGAGGAGCGGCUGGUGGAGGGACCCAGGCAGCGUUGUCGGGUGCAGCCCAACGAGCGGAGGAAGCGAGGGUGAAUUUGGCGGACAGGGGAAAGCAGCAGAAGGAUAACUGUGCUUGUUGA